AUGAAACACAUGAGUAUCUUAAUCUUAUGUAUCCUGGCUGUGGCAGCCAAUGUGUGCCAGAACGAUGCCCAGACUGCAGGAUCUUCUCUCUCUCGAAGUUUCGGAAUGGCCGGACUUACAUACGUCAAUCUUCUGGAUAUUUUGGAAGACCAAGGCAAUGAAUUACUCUAUUUCAUUGGGCAUUUUAUUCCACCUCCAUGGGACACAAUAAUCUACAAGUCGGACCCAGCCCUGGGCAUAGUGCAAGUGAUGACUUAUGAUAUCUACUGCAACUACCUUUCCUACGCCAUGUCUCCAAACAGGGAGUUCAUCUAUAUCCAAGACUUGACUACGGGAAAGAUAUUCGAGAUCAGGACUUCAGACAUGGUCAUCUCCAGGGAGUUGUCAGUUAGCUCUGCCUCUGUGGAUUUGAAUUCAAACAUGGAAGUGGGUGAAGGCUUCUUCUUCAGCCUCACCAUUAGCUCAAUCAUGCACACUUGCAGAUGGAACAUGGCAAAUACCAAUCUCGACUGAUUCACUUUCGGAGUCAACAGUCAGGCCAAUUUGGCUCCAAUCAGUGCUGAUCUGCUGUUCUUUGGAUCAACUGACACAGCUACCGACCAAUACUACCUGGUGAACUACAAUUUCUCCUCCUCCAGCCUGGUCUGGAAGAAGAGCAUUGCCUGUCCCACUUCGGGCUGAGUGAACAAAUCCAGCAGCUCCCUGGUGAGCAGAGAUGAAAAGUGGGUCUACACAAUGAUACUGUACGAUGGCAACUUUAUUUUCCAAAAACUCAGCACCACCGAUGGGAGUCCCCAAAGCUCAGGGCUGAUUUGGAACGACAGUGGGUAUUAUACUAGUUACUGAAUGAAAGAGUUCAGUGAUUUCAUUGCCGUUCAGAUUCGCAGUACCUCAUUACCAAAUGAUAAAAAGUUGGUUCUGGUCUCCCCCUCGGCCGCAGAAGUUGUGAAGGAGUACAAGUCUGUGAGCUCGAGUGCUUUUGCAGUUGGAAGGUUGUUAUAUAAAGAGGAAGAGCUAAUGUUUCAUUCUGGAAGAUUACCCACCAAUAACACAUUCUUCCUUGCAAGAUCACCCACAAACAACAUUGGACAACUUUCUGAGUUUGAAGAAGACACUCCUUUGUUCAGUCCAAUUACCACAAACUACCAGGCGUCUGCAACAGCAUCUAACCCAAGCAUCACAACAAGUACUAAGACGCUCAAUAUUGCCACCUCUUCAGCUGUCACCACCACAGAUAUCACAUCAUCGACCAACCCCUCAUUUGCCAAGUAUGUGGCUUUAUGGAACGCAGACCUCGUACAGUCGGUGCAGAGCAACUCUUCGGUCCAGCUGAGUUUCACUUGGGCCUGUGCUCAGUCAUCAAAUAACACUGCGAUCACUUUCAGUCUGAACCAGACUGGAACCAAUGUGCUCCCUGAUUGGGUACAUUUGGACGCAAGCAACCUACAGUUAAAUCUUACCACCACCCCCAGACUUACAGUUGCGACGGUUUAUUACUUUUCCCUAAAGAUUGCCUUCAACAGCGAGGUUCACUACAAGAACUUUCAGAUCACCGUUGAAGAGUGAACAAUUGGACACUGAGUCCUCUGACAAUUGGGCAGCCCCAGUAUUUGAGAGACUUGCACAGAUGGCUUCCAAAGCUCUAGCGGAGGAACAUCUUGUUCCAUUGUAACUUCAUCAACUACACAAACUGCAACAACUGAAGCAGUUGCGAUAACUGGAGCAACUGAGACUACUACUGUUUUUAUUGGAUGAAGUAUUAUGGCUGCUAGUGCUUCAUCAGUCUUAUCAUUGUCAUCUAUAAACGCAGUAUUUAGCCUUAUGAAUGGUAUGCAAUUGAUAUUGUUAUUACCUAUGGUUCCUGGCUACUUAUCUCCUGUAGUCGAAGCAUAUCUUAACGGAAUAAGCUUCUCAAUGCUAUCUUUCGAUUUCAUUAAUAUCAAAGAUCUAUGGUUUAUUAGCGAUAUUUCAGGUUCUCUGUCGUAUCCUCAAACCGAUGAUUACCUGAAUGAUCUUGGAUUAAGGUCUAUGAGCUCAAUCGCAAAUAAUUUGUCGUUAUUGUUAAUUGUUAUUUUAUUUGGAUUCAUUCAUUGAGGAAUUUGUAUAAUGUCAAAGUGUACUAAAUUUUCCAAUCAUAGAAAAUGAAAAAGUUUUAUUGAUAAGCUUUACAAGUUCUUCACGUUCAACAUAUAUAUCAGACUGUUUAUCCAGGCAUUCUUGUUCUUGUGUCUAUCUAUUUUCUCUGAGUUUAGAGCAGUCAAUUUCAACUCGACUGUAGCCGGAAUAUCUUUUGGGUUAUGAUUAGCUUUGGCAAUAUUGUCAACUGUGCUGCUUCUUUUAGGAUUUUAUAUGUAUUAUAUAUCAUGCUCUCAAGCUGACCCAGAUAAGUAUUGGCGAUGAAGUGAGUACUUUAAUGGAGUCAAGACAAACAAAUACUCCAAGUUUUAUUCAAGCGCUUUCUUGUUGGUGAGACUAUUGCUGACAUUGCUCAUCAUUUGAGGGAAAUCAUUUGACCCAGUUUUUAAAAUUGUUUUAUUCUGUGUCCUGAACUUUUCUUACGGGAUUUAUUUGCUUACUUCAAGACCGUUCGAAAACCCACAAGAUAGUAUUAUUGAAUGUGUAAAUCAGAUAAUGUUCUCUUUCUUGAUAGUGCCAUUAUUGUGGUUAAAAUUAGAGGAAGACUGGACUUCAUCUUAUGAAAUGUUUUAUACAUCAAUAUUUGUCUCUGCUUCAGCAAUAUCGUUCAUAGUAUGCCUCAUAUUCCUCAUAAAAUCAAUAAUUACUUCCUGAAGAAAAAAGAAAGCACUAAACCUCCGACAAGAAGACUAUCAGAUAGAGCUUGACUCCAAUCCAAGGGCAUCCCAGAGCCAAAAAUAUGACACCCCUGGCCCAUCCCCUAUAUCCGACUCCCCCUUUCAAAACAUUCAAGUCACUGAACCGCCCUUUGCGACCAGCCAGAACAUCCAAAAUCAGCCUCUGAAAGGCAUGCCUUUAGAAGAAGAAAAAUUUUAAGGCUGUCUACAGCACUAAUU